GAAACGCAAAAGGCGAUGCCGUUUGAAGACGACAAAAGCAUUAAAGGUCACACUGCCACCUUUCAGAUUUGACUUCCUCUCCGGCGCUGCCAUUCUCUUCCACGGCAGUGUUUCUCUUUCUCUCUCUCUCUAUCUUCAAUUUCGAGAAGUAGCUCCAGUAUUAUAUGGCGUCCUUCAGAGCAUUCUGGAACAGUCCAGUUGGUCCCAAAACAACUCACUUUUGGGGACCUAUUGCCAACUGGGGAUUUGUAGCAGCUGGAUUGGCUGACCUGAACAAACCUCCAGAAAUGAUCUCUGGCAACAUGACAGGAGCAAUGUGUGUCUAUUCAGCAUUGUUCAUGAGAUUUGCAUGGAUGGUUCAGCCACGCAACUAUCUACUUUUUGCUUGCCAUGCCUCAAAUGAGACUGUUCAACUCUAUCAUUUUUCCCGAUGGGCAAAGGCACAGGGGCUUCUGUCGGAAAAGAAGGAGGAAGCUUCAUCCCAGUGAUUUGAUGAUGCUAACACAUUCUUGAGUGGAGCGAUUUUAAAGAUUUUGCAUUUGAACUUGGUGAUGUAUGAAUAAUUGAUUACUGAUUGUAAGAAACGGCUCGUGGAAACUGUAAAAGAUUGUGGCUGUACCAGAGUAUUCGGAUUAGAAAGGAUUUCUCAGAAGUCUAAACUAUUUGUUGAAGGCAUAUGGGUGGUUUUAAUAUGUCUAACAUCUGACUGACCCAAAAGUCUUUAAACUUAUAGCACAGGCAAAGGAUUUGUCUAUAUCUCACACUGAAAUUCCGUUCAAUUACUCUACAUAGUUGGGGGUUAAGAAUUGUUCUGUGACUAUUUAUUCAUUGAAACUUGGAUGUCAUGUUAAUAA